UUACUGUUGUUAUUACUAUAUAUGUGUACUAUGUCACAGCAAGCCGUGUUUUUAUUCAUGAGAAGAUUUAAGGACUUUAAUACUGUCUUUUGAUUUUAUUUCCUAAUGCAGGCGCUCUUGCAAUUUGCUGGUUUGUGCUUAUAAUAGAAAGGCUUCAUACUUGGAAUUUAUAAUGUUAGACUAUGAAAUUGGAGAUCUCAGGAUAUUGUUUCUGUAAAUCUGUGUACAAGGACUCUAAGUGGAAGUGAAUACUUUUUAACUGUAUUUGCACUUAACAGUUCAAUCCUGUGUACAUAGCCGAUGUGAAGAAGAGAAAUAAAUGCUGUAAAUUGUUAUAUCUCCCCCAUUAUUUUGUGAAACAUUAUCUCAAACCUUUUUUGGGUCUCAGAGGGCACACACACCUACACACACACAGACUCACACCUGGUGAUCUUUUCCUUUUCAGUUUUAUGGUCCUGGGUUACUGUUUAACAUCCCCACCCUAGUUUGAGUUUGUUUAGUAAAUCGAUCUAAUGACAGGGCUAUGGUGGCGCCAUCCAAUGUGUCGCUUUCUGAAUUAUAGGCCGCUCAGCUCUCCAACCUUCCCUUUUAACGUGGUUGAACACCUUUACUAUUUUCCCAUGCUCAGUGUGACUUAGUCCAAUGACACACUGAGGGGCUCAGGGCUGCUAGCUGUCGGAGAACAACGGUACACCUGGAUAAAUGCACAUCCCGGACAGAAACAGAAACACAGGUAAGCCAAACAUUUCUUUUUAAGUACACUGUCGCUGAAAUUCAAAUGGUUCACAUCAGACUAAGAAGAGUAGAAGAAGUGUUGUUUUUGCUGUAGUGGGAGUGAAGGUUACCUUUGGUAGUUUUUCAAGGAAGUUUGUGAAUGCGAUCCCUUAAAUCACGUGGUUUCUGUAUUAUGGUGGCAAUGGUUGGACUCCUUGUUCGCACAAACGGCACCUGCUGCUAUGUCCUGUAGCCAGUACUCUGUAUCUGCAGGCAUUUUGUAAAAAGCAGAUAAGAAAUACUAACUUUGCAACAUGGGCUUGCGCUGAUCGGGCGAUAACCCAUUUCAUCUGCAGAAAGAUGGUAAUCUGUUCACGUGGUGUUUUUCUUCUACUAUCACUGCAUUUAAUGUCCAAUAGGACGAUUCCAUUUCUAUAAUGCAGUUCUAUAAUGAAUUGAUCUGAAGGAGGCGGAAGUUUUGCUCUUUAUUUUUUUACUAUUUACAAGAACAUGCAACGCCUGUGUGAACAAAACUACUUGUUUUUUGCAAAAACCUUGACAAUACAUGAAGUAUACACAUAUUGAGAAAAAGGAAACAACCCUUAGUUAAUUUUUUAGCCCAGAUUGCAAUGGGAUUGUUUUGCUGAGGCAUUCCCAGAGUUGUUGAUUGACUUUUGAGGCUGUGCAUAUCGGUCUGCCCUUUACUGUUCUGCUGUUCUGUUAGACUUAAACUUAACUAUAAUGUCUAAACCCACAGGACGCACUUCAGCUGAAUUAUUGAUUUGUAUUUUUUUAACUUUUUUUUUUCAGCUUGCAUAUACAGUAACGCUAACUUUUCACUGUGAAGAGUGAGAGUUGCAAAACCAUAGUUAACUAUUUAUUUCAUGCAUCUAGUCUCUUGCAUGUUCUCUUCCUCUCUUUUGCAACACAUAAAAAAGAAAUACUGUGUUAAAGACGUACAGUUUUAGGAGUGAAUACUACUGAACUGCGUACUUAACUGUUUCCAGAGUAUCAGGAAGUAAGGGUUUACUAGAGUCAGUAAUCGAGGCUGAUUGUCAUCUGUGACUAUUAAAACCUAGUCUAAAUAGAAGCGACAGUAUUAUGGCCAGUUCACACAGAUAUAGCCUCUUAGCUAUGGGUUUUAUGGCCACAAAAGGCUUUUGGUUGCUAGGCAGAUGCAAGCUUUCUCAGACAUGUCCUGCAACAAGCCACAAUACGUUUUUAGUAUUACAACUGUUUCUAUGAAUGUGAUUCUCAUACAUGAAAAUCUUUUUAAUUUAAAUUUACGUCUAGGCUGAUCUGCUUCUAUAUUAUAUUUUCUUUUUUUGCCAGGUGGCAGAAUAGGCUUUCAAUGUAUCUGAGAGAUCAACAAAAUUAACAACCUACUGUAAAACAACACAAGCAGCUGAUCACCCUCGCUGCUCCAAAUGUUGUAGCUUCCUUAGUGCAAAUCAGAAAGUGCUUUCUUAUGUAUUCAAAAUGAAAAAGAGGGGAAAGAUCAAAGGCACUCAUCAUUACAGAAAUAAAGACCUCAAUUGCUGUGCUUUCUGUCCUUGCUCUUAAGAAUGGAAGGUGAAGCUUUAAAAAAGCCUUUUAGAGCGUUUAGGCUGUUCUGGAUUAAAGAUUUUUUUUACUUUUGAGUGAACAUUGAUUUUUCUUUCUAUCUACAAGCCUAAGAGCACGAUUCUUUGUUGUCUAUUAAACUGUAAUCACAUAAGAACCUUUAUUAGAAACUAACAUGGAGCAUCUGCAUUUACCCUCAUGCCUUUAUACAGACUAAAUGUGACCGUAAGGAUGCAAUUCUUCAUCUUCCCUUUCCACAAAUGUGAUGAGUCAGGAGUCCUAACAUUACUACCUGGUUAAAAUGUAAUCUCUCUAUAAUCUCUCUAUCACAUCGCUCUCUCUCUCUAUCGCCUCUGUCUCUUAGUCCCUAACGCUUCCAAUAUUAUAGAAUAUAUCUGUUAUUACCAUGCAGCCAAGUGCUAAUAGUGUUUUCUGUCAUGUGUGCAAUAUUGUUGCCUAAACUGACCACACCAUACCUGCACAUAUAUGACGAACCCCUCAGACUGGGCCAUUCACUGCUGAUUUAGGGCAUCAAAUCUCCCAUGACACUGCCUCUUAUCAUUUACAGUCUUCACAGCACAAUGCCUCAAGCUGAUUACCUUUAACCCACACGAUAAGAGUUAGUGUAAUGAAACCCCUGAUUUAAAUGGGUGGGUUAGGCACAUGUUGAUGGAUUCAUGCAAAGGUGGUCAUAUUGUGUUUUUAACAUCCCUGACUGAAAAUAGGAGGGUAACACCUGUUCAAUUUGCACUUUAGAGUCAAUUUGUACUGACUAAUCUUGUUUGGUUUUUUUUGUUUGUUUGGUUUUUUUGCAAAUAAUUAUUCUAACUGAUAUGAAACCAUAGACAUUGAUGACUGAGCUAAAAAAAAACUAUGAAAGAAGAAGAAAUUAAAAGCAGUGUUGUUGGUGAUGUUUAAAGUAGCAGUCAGAUUAUUUAGAAACUUGUAGUAGAAAAAGAGUAAAUAAAGAGUUAAAAACAGUGGGUUGGGUGAACCCAUGGUGUGUAUGUGGAUGCCUUAAUGGGAGUUAUCAGUGUUUUCUACUUCACUGCGUGUCCUUAUAGAUUAUAUCUGCUGAGGUGGUAGUGCUAUUACUUCACCAUUGAUUAGAUUAGGAAACCUGGGAAGGACACGCACAGUCACUCACACACACACACAAACACAUACGUCAGAUGCACAUUCAUACAUGUUACUCUCUGUAAGAACAAAUGCCUAAAUUGUGCACAUAGUGUGCAAGCGUUCUCCAAAUAAAUAAAUAAAAGAGCAAUGAAAGACAGAGGAGGGAAAGGAAAUGUCUCUUUUCUCACUAUCUAUUCAUCCCUGUGAUAAGUGUAUGAGAGAAGGGUAGAUAAGUGAAGUGUAAUAAGGUGAGAAGAACCCCAGCUCCUCCCCUCCUUAUUGUUCAAGGCCCAAUCAGAUCAGAUUAUGGGUCUUUUAUGACAGGGAUCUCCCUUGUUAUUUCUGAAAGAAAUAGAUGAAACAGAGGCAGGACUAUAGGAAAAAAGAAGAGAAGAGAAGAGAAGAGAGAGAAAACCAGGCUCAAACAGGAAUGAAGUAUCCUCCUACUCCUCAGAGUAAAACUCUGUUAGAUAUGGAAGUAGCCAACUACUGUGAAGGCCUGGAUCCUUCGUACAACACGCUGGGCUUUGAGCAUGCAGAGGUACUCUAUGUAGGACGAGACAGCAUGCCGACAGAGCCAAGCCUGCCUGGUCCAGAUGGGAUCAUUAGUAACUGUGCAAUCUGUGGAGAUAAAGCCACAGGGAAACACUAUGGAGCCUCCAGCUGUGAUGGCUGCAAAGGCUUCUUCAGACGCUCGAUACGCAAGAGCCACGUCUAUACCUGCAGGUUCAGCAGACAGUGCGUCGUGGAUAAAGAUAAGAGGAACCAGUGUCGUUUCUGCAGACUCAACAAAUGCUUCAGAGCUGGCAUGAAAAAAGAAGCUGUGCAAAAUGAGAGGGAUCGGAUCAGUUCCCGAAGAAGUAUCUCCGACUCCCAAGACCUUCCAACUAUUACUAUUUUGGCCCAAGCAGAAUCAUUGUCCCACCAGAGCACUACUCCGGUUGGAAUAGCAGACUUGUCAGAGCAGAAGUCAGCCACUGUAGGGGACAUAUGUGAUUCUAUGAGACAGCAGUUAUUGGUGUUGGUGGAAUGGGCCAAAUAUAUUCCUACUUUUGGAGAACUUCCACUGGAUGACCAGGUGAGCUUGCUUCGGGCUCAUGCUGGUGAACACCUCUUGCUUGGGGUUGCCAAAAGGUCAAUGCCAUUCAAGGACUUCCUGCUUUUAGGUAGUGGCUGUGUGAUCCACAGAGACAGUCCUGAACCAGAGAUCUGUAGGGUAGCCAACAGAGUCCUGGAUGAGCUGGUGCGGCCCUUCCAGGAAAUACAAAUAGAUGAAAACGAGUUUGCAGCACUCAAGGCUAUUGUCUUUUUUGACCCAGAUGCAAAGUCUUUGCGGGAUCCUUCGAAGAUUAAGACCAUGCGACUGCAGGUUCAGAUGAGUCUGGAAGACUACAUUAAUGAUCGUCAGUAUGACUCCAGGGGUCGUUUUGGAGAGCUGUUACUCCUGCUGCCCACCCUGCAGAGCAUCACCUGGCAGAUGAUCGAACAGCUCCAGUUCAUUAAGUUUUGCGGCCUGGCCAAGAUAGACAACCUGUUGCAUGAAAUGCUUCUAGGAGGGCUUGCAACAGAACCCACACACCUGCACCAUUCAGCACACACCCAGCUGGCCCAGGACCCUGUGACUGGACACACAUUGGUCAUCAGUACCAUGCCUGUUAAUCACACUCCACAAAUAGCCUCUCCAGACACUCCCAUCCCAUCGCCCCCGCAGGGUCCUGCACCGGAAAUGUACAAACAUUUUCCCCAGCCUGUUUGUCCUCCAGCGAGCCCUUCACCUUCUGCACAGACAGACCCCUGACUCUUUCCUGCAUUAUGUCAACGAAUCUGACAGCAGAUCAGUUUCCUUGCCCCCUGUUCAUUAUCCAGGCAUGGUAUGAAAAUUAUGACAGAAAUCUCUGUUCAGUGUCAACAGUUAGACUUUCCUACCCCAUGACUCCUGGAGCUCCUGAUACAAUAUCCUAACCGGUUAUGUGCACCACAUUUCAAGGUUUUAUUUUCUUACAGUGGCAAAACUCACAAAAGAAAAGCACAAUUUUUAUGCAGUCUUUUUCAGGUACAACCCUGUCUGUGUGUGUCUGCGUGUGUGUCUAUGCUUAUUUGCUUAUUUCCUGGCACCAGAGUGUUUGGCAGCGCAGACUCUGGGUAUCCUGAUCAGGCGGCGCAGUCAAACAUUGGUGCUCAUUUUAGCACAAAAUUGUAUUUGCCUUAAAACACGCUCAGACCAUGUCUUACCCAUAGUCAUCACACCGCAGCAAGAAUGAUACUGCUUCCACUGUAGUCACUGAUAUGAAAGAGGGAUUGUAUUUAAGUUGCGAUGAUGGCACAGCAGCAACUUUAUUAUUCAUUUAAAUCUCCAGACUUGGCAGCAGGAUCCGUCAACUAAAGGCAUGUUCUCUGUUUUUCUGAGCAUCACACUAGAAAGCUAUUUCUCAGAGAUUUAACAGUGAAAUCAUCUGGAGUAAUGCAGCUGUCCCCAGGAUGAGUCCCGAGCUCCAUCAAAAUACGUUCGCACACACACACACACACACACACACACACACACACACACACACACACACACACACACACACACACAUAUAUAUUAUGUGUAAUACAAAGUCCAGACUCUAUCUAAACUUAUAUAUAUUCACAUUACAUUCGUACAAUAUUUCAUUUUGACCACUGGAAUCAUAUUCAUAAAUAUUUGCUCACAUGACUUUCAUCCAACCUGAAUGUUGAACAAGUAAACAUGUUGGUGAAAACAUUUUAAAACAAGCUCAAAUGCAUGCCUUCCAAAUUUAUUUUUAAAUAUCAGGGAUAGACUCCCGCAGGGGUCCAGUAGCCUUUAAUUUCGCUGUGCUGAGUAAGGAAGAUAAAAGCUUGCAGCACACCGGAAGAAAAAAAAAAGUCCAGAUGGUGGCGGCAGGAGCUCUCUUCAUGGUUUUGCUGAAUUUCAGUCUGACCGUUUGUUUAACAAAAUUAUCUCUAAGUGACCUGAAGACCGUUUAUUUUGUUUGAUGAGUAUUUUAAACUGGUAUUUUGCAGAGAGACUCUUUUAUAUUUAGAAUGCUGACUUUACUUUUAAGACAUAAAUGGGUCUGUUUAAAUAAGCACUGCUGACAGCCUAUUUAAGGUGAUGUAGCUUGAUUUUUAUUUUGAAAUUUGUGUGCUUUCUGUUUCACCUGUUGCUGCUUUUGUGUCUGAGCCUCCAUCUGUGUUUGGUCUCAAGAAAAUUGAGCCCUCAGAGUUUAAUAUUCUGCUGCAAAACUGGGAUUAAUGAAAGAAGUUGUGCAUCUAUGUGGUCACUUAAAACCAUUAACUGACUGAUGGUAUUCAAGUCAGUAAGGCACCCUUCUUGCUUAGUAAAAUGAAAAUGUUUUUUUUAACUUUCUUUCUUGUCUUAAAUUUCUUACUUGAUUGGUUAUACAUAUAUAUAAAACAUAUAUCUACUGUAGAUCAAUCCUAAUGUACUAAACUGUACAGUUUAUAACUUAUCUGAAAAUAUGUGAAUGUACAAAAAUUGCUUUUAUUCAUUAUAGGAAAAAAAGCUAUUGCAAAAAAAUAAAUAUAAAAAAAAUUAAAGAUACUCAGGAAAAAAAGCUGGCUAUCACAAAAAUAAUACUGUUCUUUUGGGCCUAAUACAUCUAAAACUGUGCUCACCUCUGAACUACAGUAUGUACACAGGAAGUAAAUGACAGUUAUGCAACAAAAUUAUAUAUAUAUUUAAAUUUGUGGUUAAUAUUUGAUACUGAGUUAUAAUACACAUAGCUUACACAAUGAGACUUUCCUGAUAUACAUACAUAUAUUAAUAUAAUAAAGAUCAGAAUUGCAGUAAUGAAAUUCAUGAUAAAUGCAGAGAGGAAUGUGGAUAAUAUUUAACUUGCUGUAUAUAUUCAAAAUUACAGAAAAUAUAAAUCCAUUCAGUUUCUUGAAUCAGCUGUAUAUUUUGGUUGGUUUGUACUGAUCAUGUGUACAUUUCUGAAUUUAUAUGUUGAUUAAAAGACAAUCUUUAAGAAUUGCUUGUGAAUGAAUUUGUCAAUUUGGAUUAACUGUAAUGACCUUGCCAUUCAGUACAUUAUGCUGUAGCACAGUACUACCCUCUAGCUGUCAAGAGGUGAAAUACAACAGCGUGCCAGGUGUACUACUUGUUGUAUAUGUAAUAUAUGAAAUAUUAU